CCUUACUAAGUCCCGUGUGGGUUUGGGCUCGCAGCUCUACAACCACAUCCAUAGAGUCCUAUCGAAGAAGUGACAAGGAGAUAUGACAGACUCUGACAGACCUGACGUCAGCAAGUACCAAGUUCGUAGCCACUAUGUGGUACCUCCACGAACUAAGUAUCAGCAACAGCGACUCAGCAGGCGGACAGCAACUGCAGUACCGGCUACCACCAGGGCUCUUCCCGCAUGUCCGGUCCAAGAGGCCCACGAGCCGUUGUCUGCUUACCUUCAGCGGCUACAGGCAUUUACGGAUGCCGUCGCUACCGCUAAGGCACAACAGGAGGCAGCAGAGGCGGAACGUCAGCGGCUGGCCAAUGAGGCGGCAGCCCAAGCUCAGCAGACUGCUGAGGCUGACGCAGCAGCUCGAGACAGACGGAAUGCCCCCAGCACCGAGUCCCUGAUUCAAAAUGAGAAUCAGUGGACAACGCUACUCCAAGGCAUGAUCUUUGUGCCUACGGAAGCACAGGCGGAUCCGACACCGGCGGAGGUAGAGAGGAGUAACCUGGCUAACUUGAUGCUGGGCAUGAUGAGGGGAGUAAUGUGGAAUAACACACUGUUGCAGGCACACCUGCGCACGGAACGACAGCACAGACAGAAGCAGCAGCAAGACACUGUCACUUUAACAGCUGUCAUCCGCGCCGCAGCAACACAGCAGCAGCAACAGCAACAACUGUUGAACUCCACUCUCGCAUGCAUCAACAGCAUCGAGGCUAAGGCCUCCGCAGCACCAGGCUGCACGACAGACACGGCGAAGCAGCUUGAGGAGCGCAUCGACCAUGUCGUCACUACUAUCAGCGAAUUAGGUGAUUUCACUAGUCCGGCCACGAUCAGCAGCACGGUGGCCACCAUCGAGACGGACAUCACCAAACUGCAGACAAGACCGGACGCCGCUCCAAAGACAUACAAGAUGCCGCACUUCAACAUCAGCAAGUUUAACGACUACAACAAGACGGACGCCUUGACAUGGUGGCAAGGUUUCCUCACCGAAGCAUCCCGCCGCACUGUACCGGCUGAAGACAUGAUGAAGGCGCUCUACCUCCAACUGAUUGGAGGAGCACAGGCAUGGAUCAACCAUCUCGCGGCCAGCAAGAAAUGCACCAUCGCCGAACUCCACACACACAUUCCGUGGAAGGAGUUCGAGCAGCUGUGGUUCACUCGAUUCAUGGUCCGCAACGUUGUAAAGGCGGCCAUGAACGAGGUCUAUACCAGCUCACAGGGAAGCAUGCCAACUCGAGACUGGACGAUCAAGUGGCAGAAGAUAGUAACCACUCCAGGCUUCGAUUUGAGUUUUCCAAACCAACGGUCCGAAUUCUUUUCGCGAUCGUGCGCAGGACUGCGGUCGGCACUCGGCAACGAGUACGACUAUGCCUCAUUCCAGGCUAUUCUAGAUCGAGCAAACCUGGUCAUCCAAACGGAUGACGAGGCCGCCAACGGACGGCAGUCCCAACCGCACUAUGUGGCUAAGCCAGGCUAUCAACGACCGACACAUAACAAUGCCGUGAUUUCUGACGAAUCAGUCGAUCUCCACGCUCCAGCAGCAUCCUCGGGUGAUGGAGGAGUUGUCGCAGCGCUCUCGCCGAAGCAUCCCAAGAGAGUUCAAAAGAACAAGGCGACACAAGCGAUGACAUCGACGGGAACUGGGCAGCAACCAUGGACGACAUACAACAUAACCAAGGAAGUAUUUGACCUGCAUCAGCAGUACGAAUAUUGCCUAUGGUGCAAUAGUCUGGUGCCACCAUUAGACCAGCCUAGCCACGUGCACUUAGAUAGCGUAUGCGCAACCUGUACACCGUCGGCAAGAGAACCGGUCAGCUCGCCACUGAUUUCCGAGGACUCAACGGCGUGGUCAAGACUUGAGGAGCUUGACCCGCUCACGAGAGAGGACUUCGCUUGGAUGCAUCUACCCUCAACCGGAACCUUGCCAAGGCCGCAUUGUAACGCCUUGAUGGCAAAUCUACGCUCCUACUUGGACACUGCAAUACCAGCUCCGUUGACGGACGACGGAGUAGUGGUUGUCGAUCUCCGCUCCUAUCUUGCGAAGAUUGACCGCGAGUAUGCCACCCAAAGGUACGCCGAGACCGACGCGCCUUUGCUCUAUAUCCGCAUUCAAAUCGGAAAGGCAACUUGCAGUGCCUUGAUUGAUUGCGGAGCAUCUCGCAAUUUCAUGAGCCAAGCGUUUAUGGCCCGCGCAGGCCUUGGCCCGCGCGUUCGAAGGAAGACGCAACCUACGCAAGUGACACUCGUGGACGACCGCAUGCAAAAGUCGAUUGACCGAUGCAUUGACGACGUUCCGGUAUACUUUGCGCCCCUUGCGUGCAAGCCGGUGUCUUUUGAUAUCCUCGACACCAAGUUUGACAUGAUUCUAGGCAUGUCUUGGUUGCGUAGCGCCGAUCAUCUGGUGAACUUUCAUGACCGAACGGUUCACGUCCGUGAUCGGAACGGAGUGUUAGUCCCAUGUACGGUCGCGACCCCUCAUACUUCGAUUGCUUGUCAUGUGAUUUCCGUUGUGAGGAUUCGCGACGCCAUAGCUCGGAAUGACGUCGAGGAGAUGGGCCUUGUUUUCUUACACCCCUCGCCGGACGGACCAGCCGCGUCAUCGUCGGACCCACGUAUUAUCCACCUCUUAGACGGAUAUGGAGACGUUUUCGAGGCUCCCACCGGAACGGUUCUGGAUCGGCCCAUACGCCACGGGAUCACUCUCGAGGCUGGUGUCGUCCCUCCGCGUGGAUGCAUCUAUCGCAUGAGCGAAGAGGAACUCGAGGUGCUUCGCGCACAACUCGAUGACCUUCUCGACAAGGGCUGGAUUCGCCCUAGUUGUUCGCCAUACGAUGUGGACAGUACACCAUUUCAUGACCACUACAUUUAUCGCCAUCCAAAUGGGUAAGGGCAGUAAUUUUUUCUUUCCCCCCAAAUUAUACAAAGUGAGGAGUUAAGCCGCUGGCGUGCACCCCCUUUUACCUUGAUAUUUCAUUCAUUUUACUGUAUUCCUCUCCCCGUUCAUUCAUUGUUAUGCAGAGGGAUGUGUACUGUCGGGCUGAUAACAGCCCUCUCAAUGAAGCCUUCACUUUGUU